AGCAUAAAGCUGCAGUGUUCUUUACAUGAAUUGAUGAUUCUCUCUAGCUCAACUCCUUCCAGCCACCAGCAGGCAUGGGCAGCCUUAAUUUUCUUUUUCCUCUCUCUCUCUCUCGCCCAGUACUUCUGUCUUUGUCUGUACAGUUCCUCAUAAAACAUGUCAUGUCCUUUUAGUUACGCGUGUUUUGUCUUGAAUAAGUUUCUGGUACUUGAGAUUCCUUGGCCAUGCUUGGAUGGCAGGAAAAGAAGUUCUUGGCUUCACCUGUUUCUUGAAAAAUCAUCUGGUUAACUUUUUUGUACAAACCACAGACUCUCUUGUACCAUGGAUGCUAUGCUGUUGAAAUAUAAUAGAAUCCUGAGGUCUUUUCAGAUUAGGAUUCUGAAAAUCGAUGAACACUGUAUUAUUUUCUUACUCUAAAAUAAUUUUUCCGGAUAGCGAUUCUCAAAUCCUUUGGAAAGUGAAUGAUGGAGGUUGUGAUAGGACACUGUUUUUUUCCUUCUCUUCUCUUUUCAGAGGAGGAGACCUAGCUUGUUCACACGGCAGAUUUGAGUUCCAUUUCAAUUAUUUUUUAAAAAUGAUUAUUAUAAUUGUUUUUAUUUAAAAUGGAAGCCUAGGAAAGAAAUAUGAUUAAAAAAAAACUGAUUUUAAAAGGAUAUUAUUUUUUUCCUAGUUUAUGUCGACUUCAUAAGUCUUUCAUGAUAGAAAAACUACAGCUAUAAGUCUCUUCUAAUGUCAGUUACUUUAUCGUAUGUCACGGCACUUAAGUUUGACUAACGCUAACUAGAAAUCAUCCCUGUCAUUUAUGAAGUAUACGAUAUAAUAGUUUGUAUGAUAAGCAAUAUUGGAGUAAAAGUCAGAAUGUGACAUGUUUGCCAGGAUCUUCUAAUGGAGGUCUCCACCUGUGACAUUUGUGCCAGUUUUUCUCUCUACAAGAUUCUUUCCACAGGAUCAAGUAAAUGUUUGAAAUUAAUUGGAAGUGAGGGGUUUCAAUGGAGUGAUGGUUGUUGACAAUGCGCUUGUUCUGGAGGCAACAGUUGCCACUUUUUAUACUAAUUCAACUCUUGGAACCCGGCAGAACAAGCCAGCAAAUAUAUGCUGAAGCUUUACUCACUUUCAAGAGUGAGGCUGGAAGUCGUCAACUAUCCUCUAGAAGAAUUUGGACAUACCCAUGCCUUAGACAACAACCACAAGUUCACUGUAAUAAACUUGGAGACCCAGGAGUUGUUUAUAUGCUCUACAAAUCAAGGCCCAAGAGGGUUGAGGCUACAGUUAAUGGAGAUAUUGGAGUUCCAACACUCACACCUUUGCAAGAAGUUGAUGUUAAGAAACCAAGUAAUAAGAAAGUUGCUGCCGUAGUAGGAGGUGUUGGUGCAGCCCUGGUUGUGGUUGUCAUUGUGGUGAUUGUGUACACCUGCUUGAUGCGCGCUAAAAGAUUCAGGAGACGAACAUCUGGGACAGGAUCCUCCCUAGCAUCUCCUCCAGUUGAAUAUGAACUGGGAAAUGCAUCCCCGUAUGGUGGUCUUCUCUAUCCUAAUGAUAUGCAGAAUUUGAGGCAGCUAACGUUUCUGGAACUGGAGCAAGCCACAUGCAAUUUCAGUCAAAGCAACAUCAUAGGUGAAGGUAGAUUUGGUUUAGUUUAUAAGGGACUGCUUCAAGAUGGAUCAAUUGUGGCUGUCAAGAGAUGCCUACAUAUCCACACUCAUCAUUUUGUUCAUGAGGCAAAGCGCAUAGCUCAUGUGCACCACAUCCAUCUUGUCAAGCUUAUUGGUUAUUAUGAAGAUAAUCAUCAACAAAUACUUGUCUAUGACUAUAUCCCGAAUGGAAAUGUUGGAAAUCACCUCUAUGACAGCGAAGGCUUACCUAUUGGAAAGCUAGAUAUGUGGCGAAGGCUAUCUAUUGCUUUGGGUGCAGCGAAAGGGCUUGAACACCUUCACAGUUUGGUGCCUCCUCUCUUGCACAUGCACUUUAGAACUAGCAAUGUACUUGUAGAUGAAAAUUUUAUGGCCAAGGUUUCUGAUUAUGGACUUUAUAAACUGCUAAUCGAUGGUGAUCUGGCUGAAUCGUCUUCAAUGAUAGACUGCUUUCUUGACCCAGAGUUAAGUUCAUCGAAGAACUUUUCAGAGAGAAGCGAUGUGUACAGUUUUGGCAUCUUCUUACUGGAACUAAUUAGUGGGCAUGAAGCACAUAGCAGAAGUCAGUCGAAAAAACAGGAUAAUAUAGUAUUGCAGGCUAAGAGAAGCAACAAUUUCGACAAGUUUGUCGAUAAAGCACUAGGAGACCAGACAAUGGAUGUUGCAAAACAGAUGCUAGAAUUGGCAUUACAGUGUCUUGAUGCUUCAAUUAGAAGACCAUCAAUGAAGAGACUCGCCGAAGAGCUGGAAAAAAUUCAAGCCAGCAAAUAUGGUCACUUGCAUUCUGGGUCGUUUGAGAUAGGUGCUGUGAAGCUUGGUAGUGAGCUUUUCAAAUGAUUUCUUUCUGCCUCAUGGCCUUGUAAUUAUUCUUCAAUUGUGUUGAUUUGUUGCAAUCAUGACAGUCACAAAAGGAAAUCCCAUUGUCAAAACAUUCUUGAAGGUAAAUAAAUCAACCCGUUUGGUGGGUAUAAGAGAUCAUCAAAUGGGGCUGUGUAUGUCA